AUCUGACUUCUCACCAAAUAUCAAACAGACACAGAGGAUGCAGCAAAUGGAGGUAUCUGAUUAUGUUAAUGAGUCACCGAGACCAAAGCAGAAAGGCAGUGGGGAUGCAAAUCAAACAGAGAGAAGACUCUGCCAGGUGCUUCUCCUCAGCUUUGGGCUGCUGUGCGUCAUACAAGCCAUUCUCAAUGUUUCUCUACGCCUGACAUUUUCAGAUGUUGAGGCUGAUUUCAAAACCCUGACUGAGGAGAGAGAUGAUCUGAAGAGAAAGCUGAAUAACUUAGGUCAAGGAGAAUGGGAGUAUUUCAACGGUAGUUUCUACUACAUUUCUUCUAUCGAGAAAACCUGGCAAGAGAGUAGAGAUGACUGUCUUCAAAAGGGUGCAGACCUGGUGAUUAUCAACAGCAAAGAAGAACAGGAUUUCACAAGAAAAUUUGAGAAGAUCAUGUGGAUUGGCCUGACUGACUCAGAGACAGAGGGGACGUGGAAAUGGGUGGAUGGGACUCCACUGACCAAAAGCUACUGGGAUUCCGAGGAGCCUAACGGUGGGGAAAGGGAGAACUGUGGUCACACAUAUCUUUACAAUUUGGAAAACAGCUGGAAUGAUACACCCUGUGACUUGUCAUACUCCUGGAUCUGUGAAAUGAAAGUCCGUCCAUAACUCUGCUACCAAACCAA